GGUACCUGAGUGAGUUGAAGCAAGUAUGUGCAAAGAUCGGGACUACCACAUGUAAAUAGUCAACAAAUAGUGGGAUAAUGGAAUGCUAAUACUUGCCAAAGAUAGUGCUUGCGAUCGUCAAUUGUGACUUUAGUGUUGGACCUUCCUUUUCCAAAACGCGUGUUUUGUUUCUGAUUCAUCAUAUUAUCAACGUCAUCAUCGUUGUGACCACAAGAUCCCAGGAGUUCGGAAUAGCCGACAACCCUACCAUGAGGACUCAGAACUAUUUUUCUGCCAGCCGAGUUUGUCAGCCGGUAGCUUCUUUAUUGUUAAUAGUAUUAUUAUUUAUCAUUUUGGCAACCUCGUUAUUUGCCACGCGGGCAGUAGUGCGACGCAACACGAAGCGCUCCAAGGCAACUAAGAGGAGGACUGAGCUCAUGCAUGUUACAUGCAGGGUGAAUGAAACACGCAUCCAAUUUGCCUCCCUUCAUCCGGGUUUCCGGUCGAACUACGCACCGUCGUGAAAUAAACCAAACUAAAAUAGGAGGAGAAAAAAAAAUGUUUUAGAUCGCUUAAAUGAGAGAGUCAUAACCCAUUGGUCAUUUUAAGGAUCUUCGUUCUGGCUUCUAGAAAAUCGACUCCCACGAUGAUUUACCCACACCUGGAUAUUGCAUCUCAUGUCAAAGCGUCGUUCUACCAACUAAGCGGUGUAUUAAAUUCACGCUUCGGUGGCGAUUUUGCUCUUUUUUCUACCUCAGCACAGAGUAAUAACUGUCGUUUCCAAAGGGAGUGUAUUGUCCUAGCGUGGAAUGUUAUUAGUUUCUAUUUGAUUUUUA